AUGGGGAACGAUGUCAGCCCAGGAAAGGUUCAAGGAAAGCAGUCAGCGGUAGAACAGGAGAGCCUGAUGAUGGAGCUGACAAGGCUGGUGCAGAAAACAGUGAAGGAGAGCAGCUGGUGGGAAAGGAGAGGAAUAGACUGCACCAUUCUGGCUGCUGCCUUUCUCACACUACCUGCCGCUUUUUUGCUGCUCAGUUUGAACCAGAUCCUGCCGUUUGCUUUGGGGAUGUUACUCAUGGGGGUUGCCCAUGCUAUCAUCACUGUCAAAGGCACACACCUGGCCAGCCAUGGAGCACUCAGCGAAUCCCAGGCCUGGGGAGAGUUCUGGGCCAUAUUCUUCAUUGAGGUGUGUGGUUCGUUCACAGCAAGGGCUGGCGUUCAAGCCCAUAUAAAGAUGCACCAUGCUCACACUAAUGUGAUCGGUCUGGGGGAUUCCAGCACGUGGAAAAUCCCGUUCCUGCCUCGUAGCGUGUACCUGUUCAUCGCCCCACUCGCCGUGCCCAUCAUCACCCCACUGGUGGCCCUGGGCCAGCUGAAGGGCCAGUCUUUGGCCCAGGUUAUUCGGACCAUGUUCCUGGUGAUACUGGGGCUGUACUCUCAGUACUGGCUGCUGAUACAUGUGUCUGGUUUCCAGUCGGCCCACGCCGCCCUGCUGUGCAUGCUAGUCUGCAGAGCCAUGUUCUCUUUGCCCUACAUUCACGUCAACAUCUUCCAGCACAUUGGCUUGCCCAUGUUCUCUCCAACCCGCCGGCCCAAACGGAUCUACCAGAUGACCCACGGUGUCCUGAACCUGCCGCGGAACCCUCUGCUGGACUGGACGUUUGGUCACUCACUCAUCAACUGCCAUGUGGAGCACCAUCUCUUCCCUUUCCUGUCAGACAACAUGUGUCUAAAGGUGAAGCCCAUCGUGUCCAGGUAUCUGAAGGAGAAAAAGCUCCCAUACCAGGAGGACAGCUACCUCUCCCGUCUGCGCCUUUUCUUCCAUAAAUACCAGGAGCUCAUGGUCUAUGCUCCUCCCAUCACUGAACUGGUGGGGGUGCAGUGA